AUGUCCUCCAAGAACCCCAACGUUCACUUUGAGACUCUUCAGCUGCAUGCUGGCCAGAAACCGGACCCCACAACCAAUUCCCGCGCAGUUCCAAUCUACGCCACUACAUCUUAUGUGUUCAAUGACUCCGCCCAUGGGGCCCGGCUCUUCGGCAUGAAAGAGUUUGGGAACAUCUACAGUCGGAUCCAAAACCCGACGGUAGAUGUCUUAGAAAAGCGUAUUGCAGCGCUCGAAGGGGGGGUUGCUGCCGUCGCAGCGUCUUCCGGCCAGGCCGCCCAAUUCUUGGCUAUAUCCGCACUGGCCAAGGCUGGGGAUAACUUUGUUUCGACGAGUAAUUUGUACGGUGGCACCUACAAUCAGUUCAAAGUCCAAUUGCGCCGCUUCGGGAUCACGGCCAAGUUUGUCCAAGGCGACAAUCCUGAGGAUAUCGCUGCUGCCAUUGACGAUCACACCAAAGCGGUUUACAUCGAGACCAUUGGAAACCCUCGGUUUAAUGUCCCUGACUUUCAGGCCAUCGCCAAGGUUGCCCAUGACCAUGGAAUCCCACUAAUCGUGGACAAUACCUUUGGCGCAGGUGGCUAUUUUGUUCGUCCUAUCCAGCACGGCGCUGACAUCGUCGUGGAAAGUGCCACCAAAUGGAUCGGUGGCCACGGUACAACGCUCGGUGGUGUCAUAAUCGACAGCGGCCGAUUCGACUGGAGUAAGCAUGCUGAUAAAUUCCCGCAGUUCGUUGAGCCCUCGGAAAGCUAUCACGGUUUCAAAUUCUGGGACUUUUGCAAAAACCUCACCUACGCCGUCUGGGUUCGCGCCGAACUUCUGCGCGACUUCGGCUGCGCCUUGAACCCCUUUGCGGCACAGCAGCUUCUAAUUGGUCUGGAGACGCUGAGCCUGCGGUGCGAGCGCCACGCGAGCAAUACUAUUACCCUUGCUCGCUGGCUCGAGCAAAAUGAGAACGUCAGCUGGGUUUCAUAUCCCGGUCUCGAGAGUCACCCACAUCAUGAGACCGCGAAACGCUACCUGAAGCGUGGAUUUGGUGGUGUGCUGGCAUGUGGCGUCAAAGGAGGAGCUUCGGCUGGUAGCCAGCUUGUGGACAAUUUCAAGCUGAUUUCCAACCUUGCCAACGUCGGAGACUGCAAGACCCUCGCCAUCCACCCUUGGUCCACUACUCAUGAGCAGCUCUCCGAGGAGGAGCGUCUAGCCUCGGGGGUUACUGAGGAUACUAUCCGUAUAUCUGUUGGCACGGAGCAUAUCGACGACAUCAUCGCCGAUUUCGAGCAGUCAUUUGCUGCGAUCAAUGCUGCGAGCGUUGAGAGGGCUCCUUUCACUAAUGGACUCACGGAGCAUUAGUGAUAGUGUACCGAGCGUUACG